AUGGGGCUGACCUGGCACCAAGCAGAGCACAGAGCUGAGCACAGCACCAACCACAGCACCGGGCACAGCUACAGCAACAUCACUGACCCGCUCCUGCAGGGUGUCACCAAGGGCUACAAUGGUACCAUCUUUGCCUACGGCCAGCGGGAAGUCAUUCACCACGCAGGGAGUCGUGGAUCCUUCCUCACAGAAGGGGAUCAUUCCAGAGCAAUUGAACACAUCCUCGAGAGCACACAGUGUGCUGGAAGUGCCGAGUUCCUGGGGAGAGCCUCCUACCUGGAGAUCUGCAAUGAGACCUUCUGGGAGCUGACACCAAGCAGAAGCUGGAGGCUGCAGACACUAGAAGUGGCUGUGAGGGAGAAGGAUGAAAACAAGAACCCAAAGGAAAAGCAUGAACACCAGAAGAGAGACGUGGAUGAGCAGAGGGUGCAGGUUAUGGCUGCACCGCAGAGAUCCAACGAGGACAGCAGUGAGCAGGUUCUCCUGAAUGUCCACGACUCCAUCCAGGAGGAGGUUUGA